GACCUGCUCCUCCUCACACGCCUCCACACUGCCGCCAAUACUUAAGUUUCAAGUACUUAUUCCCCACUCAUUAGAUACCCACAGUCGCAUUUCCAACGGACCAGAACCAAGAAAAUGCGGUCCCCAGGCUUCCCAGGGACCCUCCUACUCCUACUCUUCCUCCCAACAGCCCUCGCCUUCAAAGCACCCGACUUCAAAACCUGCUCCCAGUCCGGUUUCUGUCGCAGAGGACGCGCUCUCUCUGCACGCGCCCAAGAAUCCUCAUCAUCAUGGCACUCCCCGUACUCCAUCGAUCCCCCCGAAUUUCUUGCGCUCACGCCUCGCUCACCAGGAUUCACCACAAAUGUCCACUCGUCCAUUCAUCCUAACGUCAAAUUCGUGCUUGAUGUCAUUAUACACGAGGACGGUGUCGUGCGUGUGCGAAUGGACGAAGUGGAUGGGCUGAGGAAACGGUAUGACGAAGCUGCUCAGUGGGCGCUCGUCGGAGAACCUUUGCUGAGUAGUGAUGUCCACUGGAAGGUGGACGCGAAAAAAGCCAAAGCUGUUUUUGGACCGAAGAAGGAUAUGGAGCUCGUUGUUGACUUUAACCCUCUCAAGAUCACGCUUUUCCGGGGUGGCGAAGAACAGGUCGUAUUGAACGGGCGUGGGUUAUUGCACAUGGAGCAUUUCAGAACCAAGGAGGAUUCUAAGCCAGCGGAACAUAUCGAAGGCGAGGGACAAUCUGUCCUCCAAGUCAACCCUGCAGCAUGGUUCGAAGGCGAUGCCCAAGACGCCUUCUGGGACGAAACCUUCUCCACAUGGACAGACACCAAACCCAAAGGCCCUGAAUCCCUUUCCCUCGACAUAACCUUCCCCAACCAUGCCCACGUCUACGGGAUCACCCAACACGCCACAAACCUCUCCCUUCCAAGCACAACAGGUCCCACCGCAAAAUACACAGACCCUUUCCGUCUCUACAACGCAGACGUCUUUGAGUACCUUGAAGAUUCACCCGUUUCUCUCUAUGGCUCAAUUCCGCUCAUGCAUGCGCAUUCUGCAACGUCGACGGUGGCUGUUUUCAAUGCGCUUGCGUCAGAGACGUGGAUCGAUAUCGCUCAUGUGGAGAAGGGGGUGGAGACGCAUUGGAUAUCUGAAUCUGGGAUCCUAGACGUAUUCUUGCUCCCAGGCCCAACUCCCAAAGAUGUAUUCACACAAUACGCACACCUAACAGGAACAGCACCCCUCCCAGCCCAUUGGUCCCUCGGGUAUCACCAGUGCCGAUGGAACUACGUCAGUUCAGACGACAUUCGCGGUGUGCAGAAUAGGUUCGACGAGGACGAUUUCCCUGUGGAUGUGUUUUGGUUGGAUAUCGAGUAUGCGGAAGACCAUAGGUAUUUUAUGUGGAAUAAGAAGACGUUUCCCGAUCCGGUGGAGAUGACUAGGGAUGUGGAGGCUGUUGAGCGGAAGAUGGUAGUCAUCAUCGAUCCCCACUUAAAACGUGCCAACGACUACCCGGUAUACAAACGCGCAUCAGAACUAGGAGUCCUCGUUAAACCAAAGAGCGGCGAGGGCGAAUACGAAGGAUGGUGUUGGCCUGGCUCCUCCUCUUGGAUCGACUUUUUCCAUCCUGGUUCUUGGGACUUUUGGAUUUCGUUGUUCAAGACGAAGACUAUUGAUGGUCAGUGGAGUUGGACGGAGAGUACUGAUAACGUAGGUAUUUGGAACGAUAUGAAUGAGCCGUCUGUGUUUAACGGACCGGAAAUCACGAUGCCGAAAGAUAACGUCCAUUACGGCGGUUGGGAGCACCGAGAUGUGCAUAACAUCAACGGGAUGCUCUUCGCGAACCACACAUUCCAAGCAGCCGAAGCGCGUACAGACCCCCCACGACGCCCAUUCGUCCUCACCCGUGCCUUUUACGCCGGCUCUCAGCGUUUCGGCGCGAUGUGGACGGGCGAUAAUCUUGGUACGUGGGAGCAUAUGGCGGUGGGGAUUAAGAUGGUGCUUGCGAAUGGGGUUGGGGGGAUGCCUUUUGCUGGGUCCGACGUUGGCGGCUUCUUCGGAAACCCCGAACCAGAAAUGUUAGUGCGCUGGUACGUAGUGGGCGCAUUCUCACCUUUCUUCCGCGCACAUGCGCAUAUCGAUACGAAGCGCCGAGAACCGUACCUUCUUGAUGAGCCAUACAAGAGUUUGGUUAGGGAUAUAUUGAGGUUGAGGUAUUCGAUGCUUCCUGUGUGGUAUACUGCGUUUAGGGAGACGAGUGAGAGUGGGGUUCCUAUUCUGAGGCCUCAAUACAUGAUGUUCCCUGAAGACGAAGCUGGGUUUGGGAUCGAUGAUCAGUAUUAUGUUGGGUCGUCGGGGUUGCUUGUUAAACCUGUCACGCAGAAGGGGGUAAAGGAGGUUUCGGUAUAUAUUGCUGAGGAUCAGGUCUACUAUGACUACUUCACCAACCAUGCCCACCGCCCCAAGAACCGACACAUAACCCUCCCCGCAAACCUCGACCAAAUCCCCCUCCUCAUCCGCGGAGGCUCCAUCAUCUCAACACGCGAACGCCCUCGCCGUUCCUCGCCAUUAAUGAAACACGACCCGUUCACGCUACGCAUCGCGCUCGAUAAUACCGGGAAUGCGCGCGGGGAGGUUUAUCUUGAUGAUGGUGAGACGUAUGGGUAUGGGAGGGGGGAUGUUGUUUGGCGUGGGUUUGGUGCGGAGAGCGUGAAAGGAAAGGGCAAGGGGAUUGGGAUGGUACGCAUCUCGUCUGUCGAUCUCGCAGCGGCAGGAACGGAAGUGGGCGCGUACAACCCUGGGAAUGAGUUCGCACGCAGUGUGGGGGAUGUGAGAGUGGAAAAGCUCGUCGUGCUAGGACUCAGGAAGAAGCCUUCGAGUGUGGCUUUGGAAAGCGGGAGGGAGCUUGAGUGGGAGUAUGCCUUGGAGGGUGAGGCGGGGGUGUUAGUCGUUAAAGAUCCUGCGGUGCGCGUGGUGGAUGAUUGGGCCGUCGUUGUGAAGUUGGAGUGAGAUACCAUACCGUCAUUAUUUGAAUUGUGCUGUGCGUUAUCAUUGGUUAUUUGUAUGCGGCGGAUUGGACUACAUUUCAUCUCGCCCGACCAGUAGUUUUAUAUCCUAGCCAUAGUCGGAGCUUCGCUAUUGAAUAUUGAAGUCUGAUGGAGAUUUCUUUGUAGCCGCAACCGAUUUGAAUACACAUAUACAUCGG